AUGCAAAUUCACGGCCUUUGUUUUUUGCUUGAACAAAAAGUAAAUCCGAUCCUUUACAAAAUGUUGUCAUUGAGGCCAACAUUGUUGAUAUGGGUCGCUGAAGGUUUACUUAUAAGAUUGCUGAAAAUUGAAGCCUUUUAUAAGAUUCCUAUUCAUGAAGAUAUAAUUGUUUGCGGAUUUGAAGCGGAAAUUGAUGGAAGAAGUAAAUUAAAGGGCUUUGUCAGAGAAGAAAAUGAGGAUGUCGAUCAAUAA